AUGACUUCUGCGGUGACAAAUACCGCAAUGAUCGAUGAUGAUAUAACAUCUAAUACAUAUAAACGACGUCGUUCAUCGAUAGUAUCAUCAAAUAAUGAACCUUCAAUUGAACAAUCGCCGUCAAAACGCGUUCGUUCAUCAUCUCCAUCAACAAAUCUUCAAACAAUGUUUUCAUGUUUAAAUAAUAUUGUUCAAUCACAUCGUAGUCUUGUUCGAGAAUAUAUUGAUUUACAAAUGCGUGAUCGAACAGAUUUAUCCAUAGAUGAACAACGUUUUAUUAAAGCUGAAGAAGAUCUUAUUGAAAAAGUUGAAAAAAAUCUUCAAGAUAUAAAUAUAUCAUUAACAUUAAAAAAUAUUCCAAGUAAAUUACCACCAGUUGAACGUGUUAAACAUGAAAAUGAUAUAUUAAAACGUAUUGAUGAAUUAAAAUCAAAUGGUAAAUGGUCAAAUCAACGUUUAGUUAAAUUUCUUGAACCAAAAAAAACGUAA